GGCCAGGCAGACCCUCGAGGCAGAACAUGAGACCGCCAGGCAGACUUGAAGCAGCGGGGCGCAUCCAGGAGGCGAGUGGUGCGCGGAUGUCACGGUCUCUUCCACGGAACACGCCGUUUGUUGACCAAGGGGGCUUUGAAGUACUGGAAGCAAGUUUUUGAGUUAGACAGAACUCUUCUUUGGCGUUAGGCUUUAGGAGCUGAACCUGUGGCAAAUGGACACUUUGUACCACGUUAUAAUGGUUUUUGUUACACUCACACAGUAGUGUUGUCGCGUUCCAGAUUAACCCUUAAGCCACAGGGUCACUACGGAUCUGCAAAGUGUGCUUCCGUGAGCUGGUCUUGUGGUCACAAGCAUGACUUGUCCCCCUAGUUAAGCAGGGUCCACCCUGGUUGCAUCUGAAUGGGAGACUUGAUGUGUGAGCACUGGAAGAGAUUCCCCGCAGGGGAUGAUGGGGCCGCCACUGGGAAGCGUGUCUUCGUGUCUCGGUUCCAUUCCCUCCCUGGCAGCAUCUCCAAGAUAGUGGGGCUGAGGGAGAUUCCUGCCUGCAACCUCGGAGAAGCCGCUGCCAGUCUGUGUAGACAAUACUGAGCUAGAUAGACCAAUGGUCUGACUCGGUGUAUGGCAGCUGGCAGCAAGGGGCCAUUCACAUUUCCAAUGCCUUACUUCAGAUUUUACCUUUGCAAUUUAGUGCUACAACAUUGCAAGGCCAAUGGUGCGGUGCGGGGAGAAGACUGAGGCCUCAGUUGGCCUGAUGAGCACGCUGGUCCUCUCGGCACUUGCCCUGAGAACAUUGCUUGCUUCUCAUGCGCUAAGCCUGUGGAAAGAUUCUCUCUUGUGUUGACAGCCUUGCUUUUGCUUCCCUUCACCCUGCCCCCCCCCAUUGCUCAUGUGCACCUGAUGCUUCUAUGUGCCCAGCAGAAGUGACCCAGGCUGUGACUUCCCCCACUUGGCCCUUGUCCAGCUCCAUGUGAUGGAAACAAACGCUGCCUGCCCAGGCUGAGCUCAGCGCCUUUGCCAGCACGAGGUCAAGGAGACUGUCCAAGAUGGCAGAAGCCCACCAGGCGGUGGCCUUCCAAUUCACCGUCACCCCCGAGGGGGUGGAUUUCCAGCUGAGCCGCGAAGCCCUCAAGCAGAUUUACCUGUCGGGCAUCUCCUCCUGGAAGAAACGUUUCGCCCGGAUCAAGAACAGUGUCCUGAGAGGGGUCUUCCCCGGCACGCCUUCGGGCUGGCUGGCAGUGGUCGUGGCCACCGUGGGCUCCAUGUACUUCCGCAUAGACGUGUCCAUGGGCCUGAUCCACCACAUCCAGGCACACCUGCCCCACAGCAGUGCCCUGGGCCUGCGCCACCGCCACCUGCUGAGCGCCCUCCUCUUCUCCACGGGGGCCUGGCUCUCGGGGAUCCUGCUCUGCCGGCAGACGCUCCGGCUGCUGCUCUCCUACCACGGAUGGAUGUUUGAGCCCCACGGCCAGAUCAGCUGCAGCACCAAGGUCUGGAUGGCCUUAGUGAAGGUGAUGUCCGGGCGCAAUCCCAUGCUGUACAGCUUCCAGACCUCCCUGCCCAAACUGCCGGUGCCCAGGGUGAAGGACACUAUCCAGAGGUACCUUCAGUCCGUGCGCCCCCUACUGGACAACGAGAACUACGACCAGAUGGAAGCCUUAGCCCUGGACUUCCAGGAGCAGCUGGCCCCUCGGCUCCAGAAGUACCUCCGCCUCAAGUCCUGGUGGGCCACCAACUACGUGAGUGACUGGUGGGAGGAGUACAUCUACCUCCGGGGAAGAGGCCCCAUCAUGGUGAACAGCAACUACUACGUCAUGGAUUUCCUGUAUGCAACACCCACACCACUCCAGGCUGCUCGGGCAGGCAACACUGUGCACGCCAUCCUGCUCUACCGGCGUCAGCUGGACCGCGAGGAGAUAAAGCCCGUGAUGUCUCUGGGUGUGGUGCCCAUUUGCUGCUACCAGAUGGAGAGGAUGUUCAACACGACACGCAUCCCUGGCAAGGAGGCAGAUUCCCUUCUGCACCUGUCGGACAGCAAGCACCUGGCCGUCUACCACAAGGGCCGCUUUUACAAGGUGUGGCUCUACCACGCUGGGAAGCUGCUUCCCCCCCGUGACCUGGAGAUGCAGUUCCAGCGGAUCCUGGACGACCCUUCGCCGCCGCAGCCUGGCGAGGAGAAGCUGGCAGCCCUCACUGCUGGGGACAGAGUUCCGUGGGCCGAAGCCCGUGCCAAGUACUUCAGCCAAGGCAGGAACAAGGCCGCGCUGGACUGCAUCGACCGGGCGGCCUUCUUCUUAACCCUGGACGAAGAUGCCCACGGCUACAACCGGGAGUGGGAGGAGAGCCUGGAUCACUACGCCAAGAGCCUCCUGCACGGGCGCUGCUACGACAGGUGGUUUGACAAAUCCUUCACGCUGGUGGUGUACCGGAACGGCAAGCUGGGGGGCAACGUUGAGCACUCGUGGGCUGACGCCCCCAUAGCAGGACACCUCUGGGAGUUCACCCAGGCAACCGACCAGUUCACCCUGGGCUACUGCAGUGAUGGGCACUGCCACGGAGUGCCCAACACAGAGCUGCCUCCGCCGCUGCGCUUGCUGUGGGACAUCCCCGAGGGGUGCAAGCAGAUCAUCACCAGCUCCUACAGUGUGGCCAGGGCGCUGGCUGACGACGUGGACUUCCACUGCUUCCGAUUCACGGAGUUUGGCAAGGGGCUCAUCAAGAAGUUCCAGACCAGCCCAGACAGCUUUGUCCAGAUCGCGCUCCAGCUGGCCCACUUCCGGGACAAAGGCUACUUCUGCCUCACCUACGAGGCCUCCAUGACGCGGCUCUUCCGGGAGGGCAGGACGGAGACGGUCCGCUCCUGCACCAGCGAGUCCACAGCCUUUGUGCGCAGCAUGGUGAACCCCAGCCUGGGGCCCAGUGAGUGCCUGCAGCUCUUCAAGCAGGCGGCCGAGAAGCACCAGCUGAUGUACCGCCUGGCCAUGACCGGCGCUGGCAUCGACAGGCACCUCUUCUGCCUCUACGUGGUCUCCCGCUACCUGGGCGUGGACUCUCCGUUCCUGGCCCAGGUGCUGUCUGAGCCCUGGCGCCUCUCCACCAGCCAGACUCCCCAGCAGCAGAUCAAAAUGUUCGACUUGGAAAAGAAUCCGGACCACAUCUCCCCCGGCGGGGGCUUUGGGCCCGUGGCGGACGAUGGCUACGGGGUCUCCUACAUCGUUGCCGGUGAGAACUUCAUCACCUUCCACAUUUCCAGCAAGUUCUCCAGCCCGGAAACAGACUCCAAGCGCUUUGGGAGGAACAUCCGCCAGGCGAUGCUGGACAUUGCAGCCCUCUUCAGUGCCUCGCCCAGAAAGGCGGCCACCUGAGCCUGCGCCGGGCCGCCUGAGACGGUCCUAGCCCCUCGGCCACGGGCCCACCUCCCCAGGAGUCCCCAGGAAGCCGCCGCCGGCUGCAGAGCUGGCCUGGCAGUGGAGAAGGCGCAGAUCUCUUUCCCUAACCCCCCCCCCCGGGGUCCGCUGGCAGCCAGCACUGGCGUUGGGCUCUGCUGCCCUGUCCGCCUGUCGAUGGGCCCAAGUGUGUGUGGGGGGGGGGAAUGGAGGGGGGCCCCCUCUGCUUUGACUAAUAAAGGAGGGUAAUUUUCA